AUGACUUCCCAAAUAUUCUCACAACAUACUCAUAGUUCAAAUAAAAACCAGUAUAAUGCUCCAACCCCGAAUGCUACUUCCGAACAGGCCCUUACUUUUGCCUUUAAUUCUUUUUUAAAAAAUAAAACAUGUGAUCCAAAUAUUCUUCGGCAGUCAAUCGAAUUUAAGCUUUCAAAAAAUAGUAUUACUCCCAAUGAAUUUAAAUCAUUGCUUCAAAUUUUAUAUCAAUGUGAUAAUUCAUAUGAUGAUUGCUUUAUUCCUAUUUAUGAAAUUACUAAUGAUGAACUUUAUAAUACAUUUAUUGAAUUUCAACUUGAUCAAUCACAAUAUAUUGCUAAUGAAUAUCAAAAAUAUCUGAAAACAGUUGAACAAGUCAAUAGAGAUUUGGCGAAGGCCAGAGAAGAACAUACCUCUAGCUUGAAAUCACAGGCAGUUGUAUCGCAACCAGAUUCAAAAAUCAAAAACAAUACAUAUGCUUAUGAUUUACCUGAUUAUGUGUUUGCAAAUGAAAGAGCAUUUAUUGGCAAAGCGAUUAAGUUCUCGAAUCAAACAUGGAUGGCGCCACCAAAUGAAAAAUUCGACACUGGUUUCUUCUUUAAAUGCCCUGAAAAUAAUAAAACAAAAUUAGAAUUCAAAUGCGAUGGAUCUGGAUCCAUGAAGAUUAGGACAUAUUCCGAAAAUUAUGAUCUAAUCAAGCACAGAUUGUCUAUAAUGAAAAUCCCAACAACUGGAAUUUCAGCGGUUCAAUGGGCAUCCAAAAAACUUUUAGCUAUGAAUUUUACUUCAAGCAAAGAUCCAGCAACAGAUCAAGCCAAAGCUUAUCAUAUCUUAAAACAGCAGCCAAAGCCAACGCCUUUUGAAAUCAUAGUCUAUAACGUCAGCAAAAAUAAUCAAAUUGAAACUUGCGAAUUUUUAAAUGUCAAAGAUAAUAACACCAAAAAUAAGCAACUAGUUCUUGAGUUCAAUAAAAAAUUUGAAAGCGGUUAUUACAAUAUUGAAAUCUUCCAGACAAAGAAUUAUUUAAAUAAAUAUGAUUUGACCAAUGAAACAUUCAAAGUUCCACUUUCCUUCACAGAGGGCGAUAAAUAUUUCAAAAUUUCAUUCCAUUCAAAGAAUAAAUUGAGUCUAGUUGGUAUUAAAUUCAUUUCUGAAAAAUAG